AUGGCUUUAACCGAGUACGACAUCCAACAUGUCACUCGGAAAUCUAUAAAAGGGAGUGUACUAUCUGACUAUCUGGCACAUCAACCUUUUGAGGACUACCAGUCUAUGCGCUUUGAAUUCCCCGAUGAGGACAUCAUGCUAAUCAGAGAUUGCAACAUACCUGGCCUAGAGGAAGGAACAGAACCUGAAUCCCGAUGGACCUUGGUAUUUGAUGGAGCUUCUAACGCUCAUGGUAAUGACAUUGAGGCAGUCAUCACAUCCCUAACUCGUUUUCAUUUACCCUUCACUGCAAGGUUGUGUUUCGAAUGUGCCAACAAUAUGGAAGAAUACGAAGCCUAUAUCUUCGGCAUUAAAGCUACGAUUGAUCUUAGGAUCAAAAUUCUCAAAGUCUACGGAGAUUCAGCCUUGGUCAUCAGCAAAGUCAAAGGAUAUUGGGAAGCUCGAGAUCACAAGCUCAUUCCUUACAAGGAGCAUGUCUUGAAGUUGAUCACAUACUUUGACGAGAUUACACUCAACAACAUCCCUGGAGAGGAAAACCAAUUGGACAAUGCCUUGGAAACUUUGUCAUCCAUGUUUAAGGUUAAAUGGGAAAAUGAAGCACCAACUUUCCACCUCGACUACUUGGACGAGCCUACCCACUGUUUGGCAGCCAAAGACGAAGCUGACGGUCAUCCUUGGUUCUAUGACAUCAUGAGAUUCUUAGAAAACCAGGAGUACCCUACGGAAGCAUCCAUCACCGACAAGAAGUAUCUUUGGAAGCUGUCAUCCAAGUUCUUCUUAAGUGGAAGGGUUUUAUACAAGAGGAAUUAUGAUUCGGUUUUGCUUAGAUGUGUGAACAAGCAUGAAGCAAACCAAAUUAUAAUGGAAAUCCGUGAGGGAUCCUUUAGAACGCACGCCAGUGGACACACCAUGACUAUUUCACUAAAUGGGUGGAAGCAGUCUCCUACACCAACGUCACAAGACAAGUAG